AUGUCUCAGAAGUUUCGGCGCUACAGGGCAGGCCGCCGGCUGAACCUGUAUUCGUACAACCCCGUUGAUCCCCACGGAACCACAAAGUACUUGCCGAAUAACUUGCCGGAUGACCUCACACCUGGUUGGGUCCGAGGCUUUGAUCCGACCAAUCUACCUCCCACUUCGGAUCUUAUCCUAGAAGUCUUCGAGAGCCUGUCCUGUGGCAACAAGAAGUGCAAUCAGAUCACCGCAUGCAGGAUUGUGAUGAGUCUCGAGAACCACCAUGACCCCAAUGUCCAGGGUCCUCGCGAGGGUCAGCAGUGGCCCGACCUCGUUGUCUGCAAGGCGUUUGACCCCUCUUUCUACCCAAUCCUGGGGGGUCGUGGUGUGGACAAGGCAGCGGAGGCGGCGCUCAGCAGAGAGGCUGGGGCCUAUCGAUACCUCUACUCAAACAACAUGACCGGCUUCCCUCACCCAACGCCCGAGUUCUAUGGUACAUAUGUCGCAGUGUUUGAACUUGGAUUUGAAGACGAUAACCUCAUCGACCUUGGACUUGAGGACAAGCAUCAAGCCUACAGGUGCGUUCCGGUCAUUCUCAUGGAGCAUGUCGAAGGCUUCUCAAUGGAGAACCUAUGCACCCGUCAUGACACCACGCAUGAGCUCAUCCCCCGCAACCUGCUCCCCAUCUUUCACUACGAUGCCAACGGUAGUCCGGUCACCCUUGAACUUCACAAGCAGAACAGAAAGGAGAUCAUGAGACAAGUGCUCGAUGGCUUGGUCAAGAUGUUGCACGUGGGCCUGGAGUUCGGGGCCAUUGAGGCCCGCCAGAUCAUGAUUACCAUCAAAUGUGGCCAACACGACCUGGAGGUGCCCCGAGCGGUUGUUUCAGACUAUACCAUGAGCGAUGUAUGGUGUAUGACGCGUGUCGGCAAAACUGUCCACAGACAUCGUCUCUACGACCUACAAAAGCUCCCGAAGCCCGUCCACCCUAUGCAGAUUUUUGACUUCGAGGAGCUACACAGUACCAUCGGAUUUUGGCCUUCGUCGUACUGCUACGAGACGAAGAACGAUGAUGAGGCGAGAGAGGCCGAGUGGGCCCGGGACUCCGAAGGGAUUCGCAUCAGGGACGACAACGGUCGGCUCCGCCAUAAGUGCGAGGUCGAAUACUCCGUCUACAAGACUUGGUACCUGAUACAAGAGGCGGAGGAGAGGGCGAGGGAGGCAGCGGCGAAGGAGGCAUUCACGGUGGAGAAGGCGUUACGGGACUGGUUGAGGGACCCCGCGAAGGAGGCCGAGGAGGCAGCAAAGUGGGCCGCUGUGAAGGAGACGUCGAUGGAGCUGGCGAUGGAUGCAGUGGUUACUGCGUCCAAGAGAGCGUUCAAAUAUGCGCACGCUGCGUGGUACGAGGAGAAAGAGAGGCAGGAGCAGAAGGGUGGACAGAUCGAGGAUGUUGCCAUUGAUGUCACGGACGACGCCACCGCCGAUGAUAAUAACAACGACGACGACGACGCCGGCGACGACGAUGAUGAUGACUAUGACGAGGACGACAAUGACAACGAGGAUGAGAUCGACUACUUCCCCCAGUUCUUCGGGGCUCAUGAGGAUAGAGAGGUUAGAGAGGCUGUGGCAUUUCAAAAAGCGCAAGAGCUUCGCGACGUCAAGGACGCUCUGAGAAAUCUGCGGGCUGAAGAGGCCGGGAGCUCACACGACGUUCCAGACGUUGAGCAGGUUCGAGACACCCUGGAAGUGUAA